AACAGAUACAGGCACCGCACGUCAAUACUCGUGGAGCCGACAACAUGUGGAGGUGUGUAGUACUGCUGUCUAUCUGUUGUGGGCUAGCUGCGGGGCAGCUGGGACUGGGACUAUUCGGUGACGAUCUAUAUUCACAACACGCAGCUUGUGGUCCAAACGAAUACUUUGAACAAUGUACACAUGAUUGCCCACCAGAGAAAACAUGUGAAACUCGCAAAUUUAAUAUAAAUUGUCCAGCAGUAGUUACACCCUGUAUCGCAAGAUGUAUAUGUAAAGAGGGCUACUACAGGAAGGGUCCAGGCGGCGAAUGUAUAUCAGAAGAAGAAUGUGGACCAGCUUGUGGUGAAGGCGAGGAGUACAAGGAUUGCACAAAUCCUUGUAUAGAUGAGAGCUGUGAUGCAAUGGGAAGUCUGAUACCGAACUGCACCGCUCCUGAGCCCUGCGAACCAGGAUGUGCUUGCAAAGAAGGAUUCUACAAGCUGUAUAACUUUAUAUGUGUACCCAAAUGUUAUUGUCGCCAGUUAAGAGAUACACCUGAAUGCAAAAAUUAGUUAAAUUAGUUUUGUUGUUCGUCUUUAUGUAAAUAAAGCAGCGGUUCGUACGGCAAAUUGAUAUGAGUAUAUAAUUAUCACACUUAAUCAUUUAUAUGUUGUUUAAUUUAAGUUUAAUUAAAUAAAGAGAAUAUAAAAAUGUUUAUUAAACAGCGA